GGGAGGGACCCGCCCCGCUAUGCUCCAGCAGCCCGGCAAGUGUGGCUGCUGGCUCCUGUCGCCAGUGCCGUCCGGGAGCUGAGUCGCACCCAGGUGUUCAGGACGGUGCGUGCUGGAGUGUGUGUUUCCCUGAGGGCGAGCGCCGAGCCGAACCGGCCCCGAGCCUCUUGCUCGCUCCUCCUGGCUGCGGUGCAUGUUCGCCUCCUGCCACUGUGUGCCGAGAGGCAGGAGGACCAUGAAAAUGAUCCACUUUCGGAGCUCCAGCAUCAAAUCGCUCAGCCAGGAAAUGAAAUGCACCAUCCGACUGUUGGACGACUCGGAGAUCUCCUGCCACAUCCAGAGGGAGACCAAAGGGCAGUUUCUUAUUGACCACAUCUGCAACUACUACAGCUUGCUGGAGAAGGACUAUUUCGGCAUUCGUUAUGUGGACCCAGAGAAGCAGCGGCACUGGCUUGAACCUAACAAGUCCAUCUCCAAGCAAAUGAAAUCUCAUCCACCAUACACCAUGUGCUUUAGAGUGAAAUUCUACCCACACGAACCCCUGAAGAUUAAAGAAGAGCUCACAAGGUACCUUUUGUACCUGCAGAUUAAAAGAGAUAUUUUCCACGGUCGCCUGCUCUGCUCCUUCUCUGAUGCUGCCUACCUGGGUGCCUGUAUUGUUCAAGCUGAGCUUGGUGAUUACGAUCCUGAUGAGCAUCCUGAGAAUUACAUCAGUGAGUUUGAGAUCUUCCCUAAGCAGUCACAGAAGCUGGAAAGAAAAAUAGCAGAAAUUCAUAAAAACGAACUCAGAGGCCAGAGCCCGCCUGUUGCUGAAUUUAACUUACUCCUAAAAGCUCACACUUUGGAAACCUAUGGGGUGGACCCCCACCCAUGCAAGGAUUCAACAGGCACAACAACGUUUUUGGGAUUCACUGCUGCAGGCUUUGUGGUAUUCCAGGGAAAUAAGAGAAUCCAUUUGAUAAAGUGGCCAGAUGUCUGCAAAUUGAAGUUUGAAGGGAAGACAUUUUAUGUGAUUGGCACCCAGAAAGAGAAAAAAGCCAUGUUGGCAUUUCAUACUUCAACACCAGCUGCCUGCAAACAUCUCUGGAAAUGUGGGGUGGAGAACCAGGCCUUUUAUAAGUAUGCAAAAUCCAGUCAGAUCAAGACUGUGUCAAGCAGCAAGAUAUUUUUUAAAGGAAGUAGAUUCCGAUAUAGCGGUAAGGUUGCCAAAGAGGUGGUGGAGGCGAGCUCCAAAAUCCAGAGGGAGCCUCCGGAGGUGCACAGAGCCAACAUUGCCCAGAGCCGUAGUUCCUACUCCUUGAACAAGCAGCUCAUCAUUAACAUGGAGCCCCUGCAGCCCUUGCUGCCUUCCCCCAGCGAGCAGGAAGAGGACCUUCCACUGGGUGAGGGUAUUCCUCUGCCCAAAGAAGAUGGCAUUUCUGCGCCCUUGAUCUCCAGCUCACCGGUGAAGGAAGCCCGGGAGUAUGAAGAGCCCUCAAGUGAAGAGGAAGAUAAAAUGAAAGAAGAGCCUUUGACUAUCUCUGAACUGGCGUACAGCCCGAGUGCUAGUCUGCUCCCCACCCCAGUUGAUGAUGAUGAGAUCGACAUGCUCUUUGACUGUUCAUCUCGGCAUGAGUUGGAAAGAGAAGACACGGAUUCGUUUGAGGAACUGGAAGCAGAUGAAAAUGCCUUUCUGAUGGCAGAGGAAGAGGAGCUGAAGGAGGCUCACCAAGCUUUGUCAUGGAGCUAUGACAUUCUGAGCGGCCAUAUUCGGGUGAACCCACUGGUCAAGAGUUUUUCCAGGCUCUUUGUGGUGGGUCUGGGCCUGCUGCUCUUUGUAUUCCCCCUGCUCCUCCUCCUUUUGGAGUCAGGUAUUGAUCUCUCCUUCUUAUGUGAAAUCCGCCAGACACCAGAGUUUGAGCAGUUUCACUAUGAAUAUUACUGUCCCCUCAAGGAGUGGGUGGCUGGCAAAGUAAACCUCAUUCUCUACAUGCUGGGUUGCUCAUAAAAUACAUCUCUCAUAUGACUAAGGGCUAUAUUCAAUACUAGUGAUUUGUUUUUUCUGCAAAUGCCUGGUUCUGAGUGGUCAUGGAGCCGUCAACAGGUGUUCUUUGCUCAAAACUGAUUAUUCAAACCUUUAAGUUAACUUUCCAUAAUUCACUACACCUAAAUAAGUUUAAGUCAAAUGCAGUAAUUUUUGUUAUGGGUCAGGAAGAUGGCCUUUAAAUAACCAAAAAUGUUUAUUUUUAUUAUGUCAUUGCAUACUCUUUAUCUAUUAUAUCAUAAUACAUUUCUAUUAUGCCAUAAUACAUUGAGCUGAAUUAGGUUUCCCCCUUUUAGAUAAUUAGCAUCAUUAUAGGCUAUAAGGUUCAGAAUCAGAAUUUUAGUAAUAAUCCAAGAGAGAGCUUUUGAAUAUAAUCCCUUAGUGAAUACAAUGUCCUCUAACCAAUGCCUAUACAACUAAAUUUAUGCUGGGUUUUUGUUUUUUUAAAAAUAUUUUUAUGUGUUCAGAAUAUUUUGGUAAAUUUUUAGCAAAAAAAAAACCCUCCUGGAGUUAUUUAAUUGUACAGAUUGUAAGACUAAUGCACAAAAGGUAUGUUGGGCAUUUUUUAAUGUUUUGGCACUGGUUUGUUUAAAAAAUAUUUUUGGCUGAAAAAAAUCCCAUAAUUUGUUGUUAGCUACUUAUGAGUUAGAAAAUAGGUAGAAAGACUGUGGUAAGUAAGCUCCUAAAACAAAUGAUGGAAAUGGAGGAUGUAGAAACAGAGCAUCAUCAAGUGGACACAGGGUGGUCCCUUUUUCAAAGUAUCUGGACAAGAUGACUAGUUACUUUCAUUUGCAUUCUGCCUAAAUAUUUUGGCUGAAGAAGCAGAACGUUUUUCAAAAAGAGAGUGAAACUUUAAAGGAAAAGAAUGAAAAGAUAUGCCAGUUAAUUGCAUGUUAUUGUACAGUAACCCAAGAGUGGAAGCAGAUGGGAAAUGGACAAAGGGCAAGUAGCAAAAAAAGUUUUGGUGAGGCUGGUAGUCUAGUGGUGGUAGGAAAAUGAUCAAUUUUAUGGAAGUGAUGGUGAUACAAGGUGUUGGAUGAUGUAAAGAACAGUGUACUCGCUGUCCAAAUUGACAUGAAUAUGUUUAAGUGGAUCUAAAUAAAAGCGGAGAAACUCGAAGGCACAGUUUUGGUCCCUCAUGCCAUUGAUUGUGAUUCUGUGGAAGAGCUUAACUUCAAAGGAAGUGUAUGUAUAUGUGGGGGCAGAAAAUGAAGAGAAUGGAUUUUGGCUUUUUGACAAAGCUAAUGAUCAUUUGUGGUGGUCCUCAUUUCUCCUUGCCUGGUUUCCUUAAGAUCUUAACUCAUUCAUAAUUGGGACUCUUGUUAAGAAAGAGGAGUGGACUCCCUAGCUGAUACACUAUUUCAGCUUGGGUGAAGUAGAGGGGGGAAAUGUUCUCUAGUGCCUGUCUUCAUACCAUUACAUCCAUGGCAGAAAGGCUCUGAGGCCUUCCCACGCAGCAUCCCGACCAGUCCUGUGGUAUAAAUGAGAAAGGUAAGAACAUGGAGCUUUGGGAUUUCUCCACGAGCUGAAAACGUUCCACUGCCUUCAUGUACAAAGAGACUGAGCUUCCUGUAAUCUCUGACUCCAACAGACACUCGAGCUCUACAUUAGCAUCAUCUCCAAAACGGCCAUUCUGGUCCUACUUAUUCAUGAAGCUCUGAGAGCUUUAUUAGGCAUUUAAUUUUGAAAAUGAGUUUUAAAAGUCAGCUCAUCUAGCCUUCAGUUAAGCAAACUCAAAUAUAUAGUUGCUAUUAAGAUUGUAGAGUGUGCUUUCUCAUGUGCUUUUCAGUGAUUGGUUUUACGUUUUAAUUUUAAUACCUGAAAUUUGAUAAUGAUAUACAGAUAUAUUUCCUAUGGUUUAUUUUGGAAGUUUGCAAAUGGCCAGCUUUGAAAUUAAAGGUUUUUUCCCCCUGUUUUCCAUAUGACUUGGAAGUCAUACUUUCCAAUGAAAGGGCCCUCCAACAUAGUCUGAAAUAAAUUAGUCCUCCUUCUAAUUAUGCUUCAGUUUCUAACCAUGACAAAUCAUCUAGCUUUUAUCCUUUUAAAAUAAUAUUAGAUAUUUUUAAAUUAUGGAAGUAAUAUAUUGCCCAUCAUAAAACAUUUGAAAAAUAUUGAUAGGGUAAAUAUCAUACAUAGUCCACCACACAGACUUAUAUUAAGAGGUAAUAUAUUAUUUUUAACAUUUUCAGCUAACAUCUCUUUUUUCUUUGGCAAAAACUUGACUAUUGACUAGAAAUGUUCUUAAGUAAAGGAAUUGACAGGAUAGGGUCUGCUGAAUUUAAACAAUAGCCACCAACAGUGAAAGUGGGAUCCUGAAAUGCCAUUUUUCAAGACAGGAUAUAAAAAGCCUUUUUAGAAAUACCACAUAAGUAUGGUAGAAGGCAGUCACCAGUUACCUGAAUGAAGUGAGAAAAAACUGCUUCCAAGAUGGAAAAUGUAUGAGGGGG